GAUCCGAAGCUGUGGACUUGUCUCAUGCUACAAUACAUUUAUUACAACAGCAAAUUUUGUUAGUUCAACAAAUUGUAAGAGGCCAACAGAUAACCAAUAAAUUAUUAACAAAAUUAAUCAUGAGCAAUGGAGAAUCUAAACCCCAAUCAACAAUCAGACAAACAUGUUCUGAACAUUUCAUUCUACCUGCUAAAUCUGUAGCUGAAGUAUGUGAUAUCGAAGAAAAAUUGCAAUUGUCUGCUUCACGACAACUAAUGAUCAGUAGAUUACAGCAAUGUGGGGGAAGAUCGCAGAAUGACACUACUACAUUGAUACUAAGAACAUUAUUAACAGACCAUUGCGCAUCUAACUACAACUUAGAAGGUCGAAACUCUGGAAAACAUGCUUUCAAAGAUUUGAUAAUGUUUAGUAUUGUACUUGAUGUAACUAUUAUGAAACAUCCUACAGGAUCCGAAGAUGUGGUUAGAUGCAGAAUAAAAAACUGGUUACGCUUAGCACCAACCCGGGACAAAUAUAAAAAUAAUAAAUAAUAAUAUUAAGUGGUAUUGUGGUUGGUAGGUAGAGUAUAUAGUAUUAUAGUGUAUUUUAAUUUAUAACGGUUUUUUUUUAAUUUGACUA